CGCACCACCGAAGUAUUAAAUACCCAAUCUUACCACGAUGCUUCUCAUGCAAGUUGCGGUUCUCGAUGACUACCAGGGAAUUUCGGAGCCCCAUUUUGAGACACUUGACAAAUCCAUCUUCGAGGUCACGACGUUCAAAAACACACUGCUCCCCUAUAGCCACCCUGAUACUCCCACAAAGGUCAAAGAUGAGCUCGUCACAAGACUGGAGCCAUUCACGGUGAUUUGCACCAUGCGGGAGCGGACGCCGUUCCCGGCCGAGCUGAUAGCGCGACUGCCCAACCUCAAGCUCCUGCUGACGACGGGGGUGCGCAAUGCCUCCAUCGACCUCGCCGCCUGCCGCGAGCGCGGGAUCCCCGUGGCGGGGGCCAAGGACCAGGCCCGCGGGGACACGGCGGCCGCGCCGGGCGGCAGCGUGGUGCCGGGGCUGGCGGCGGCCGGCACCGACUCGACGACGCAGC